UGCAAAUUGCAGGUCCUCGAAAUGUGUAAAAGUAUUCUGAUGGGAACAAGUCGUUAGUGAUGUACUAUACAGCAUUGUUGUAAGUAGAAAAAUCCUGGUCUCUUCAUUUUCUUGUAAACAGUGAUACCUGCAGACUGUAACCCAACCUGUGACCAUUUGUGGGUCUUGCAUUACAGCCUGCUCUUGUUUUUAGUCUUCCUAAAGAUCUCAUAUGGCAGCCUUUUCUGUUUAUGAUCAGACAAGAAUGGAUUCAGAUUAUCCAUUACUGUAUUUUAUGGAUGAAUUGCUUGCUGAAAUAACUAGUGGAACACUUUCUCCUAACCUGUGGUCAGAGCCCAAUUCCACCCUUUGGACUGCAUCCAAUAAUAGAUGUGAUUCCUUUCACAUGCUGGGAAACAACACUGCCUGCCCUGUAUUGGAUACAAAUGGAUUGAAGCAUCAGCCAAGAAACAUGCAAUCUUCUUGGCCUUCACAGAAUAAUGAACAUCCAUUUGCAUUUGACAGUGUACCUCCUGUUUUGGAGCAUAAUGUGAAAGAAAAGAGCCAGUGUGUUGAAAAAAUCGCAAUGUCAAUCACCAAAACCUCGGGAUCAGAAAAUUGUGAUGGUGAAGUGUUAUCAGUCCACAACAUUGAAACAACUCCAAGUGGGAGGGCCAAGAGAAAAAUUAAGCAGCAUGGCAACUCUUGUGUGGAUAAGAAAUUGGAAGACAAAUACAAACGAAUUAAGAGCUCCAAAUACCCUCAAGUAGGUUAUGAUAAUAAAAAGAGUGAAGCUCAAUUGCCUGCAAGGAUUGCGAAGAAGGAUCCCAGUGAUGAGUCUUGUAAGGAUUAUAUACAUGUGAGAGCAAGGAGGGGCCAGGCUACCGACAGCCAUAGCCUUGCAGAAAGGGUUAGGAGGGAGAAAAUUACACAACGUAUGAAAAGGUUACAGGAGCUUGUUCCUGGCUGCAACAGGGUUAUAGGCAAGGCACAGAUGCUUGAUGAGAUAAUCAAAUAUGUUACGUCUCUGCAGGAUGAAGUAAAGUUUCUUUCCGAGAAGCUGGCGUUGGCGUCUGUAUUACAUUAUUGCAGCUUUAACGCUGAAAAUGAAGGCAGCCUGUUUGAAAAUCAGAUAUACGGCCACUCCAACCAGCUGUGACUUCUGAAUGAUUUUAAGCGAAGAGAAAGAGCAGCACACUACUGCAAUAUGAGUUUCGUAAUCGUUAUAUUUGUUAAAGAUAUGAAACUUUUAGAAUAUUCGACAAUAGUUUGUAAAAUUUAUGGAUUAAACCAUUUUGAUUUAUUUAUUUUAUUAAUAUUUUCUAGUUC